CCCGCCGCCGCGGCCAUUGACCGAAUGGCAGCAGCGGCUGCGGAGCGCAGGCGGGCGAGACGGUGCUGAGCGCGGCAGCCCGACGCCGGCAGGCAGGCCUGGCCCGGGAGAGAGGGGGCGGAAGGGAGGCAGGACCGGCGAGCCCCCGCAGCCCUGGCCCGCCCUCGCCUUCGCCCGCUCCUUCGGCCGUGCAGAACAAUCGGCAGCUGCUGCCGCAGACGGCUGCGCGCCCCCUCCGCCUCCUCCUCCUCCGGCGGCCGCUCCUUCCCCGCUCUCGGGCGGCGGCGGCGGCGGCGCGGGGUUGCUGCUCGCCGCGCGGACAAAGGCCAGGCCGCCCCCGCCCCAGCCCGUUGGACGCCCCGCGAGGACCGCCCCGCUGUGCCUCCUGGAGAUGGCUCGGCCGGUGCCCCGCGGCCGGGCAGGGCUGUGGGCGCUGCUGCUCCUCCUGCUGGUCGGCCACGCCGCCCUGGCUCAGCGCUGGCACAAGGAAGACUAUGAACGGCCCAUUGACCUGGAAGGCUCUGGAGACGACGACUCCUUUGAGGAUGAAGAAAUUGAGGAACCCGAUGAAAUCUACUCAGGUUCUGGCUCAGGAUAUUUUGAACGGGAGUCUAGGAUUAAAACGGCUGUGCGACUUACCACAGACACGUCUGUUGGACUUUCUACAACCCCAGCGGUGUUGCCCGUCACGUCAGUACAACCUGUAGUCACCCCCUUUGCGCCGUUCCCUGCAGAGGAGACCACCCCAGAUCCAGCCACCAGCAGCCUCUACGUAACCAGGGUGACUGAGGCACCAGCAGUUACUGUCUGGAAAGUGGUUGCCACCACAGCUGGCACCACUGUCUAUGACACUGCCACCACCACGGCUUCUACCACCACGGCCUCCACCACCGCAGCCUCCACUCCAACUGCUGCUUCCAAGCACAAGCCCCUUUGUAUCACUCACUUCAGAGCCCACGCACGCAGGCCGGGCUACUCUGGACCACGCUUCAAAUCCACAGCCGCUGUAGCACUCCAGGUCGCACCGGAACCCACCACAGCACCUCCGAUGACCACCAGGUUGACAAAAGUUAGAGUGAGGCCAAAACCGAGCCCGUCCCAACAUCCAGACAUCCUCGAGAGGAGCACUGCUCUGCCACUUCCUAUGAGUACAGCGGCACCCUCAGAAUCAACCCAGACUGAGUUUCCGGAUGUGACCCUUUCCACAGCGCUGAAUAAUGAAGUGGAAGUCUCUGUCAGCGGAGAUUUUGAAAUCCACGAGGAGGAGGAUACCACUCGGACAGAGCUCGGUAAUGCAGUAAUGCCCUGGCUGCCUCAGCAGCAGGGUCAGCCAACAAAGAACAACCGGGUUUGCAGCCUUUAUAUUACAGACAAUACGAUAGACUCUGGAAACUCUGCUGCACAGCUUCCUCAGAAAAACAUACUGGAGAGAAAAGAAGUGCUCAUAGCUGUGAUUGUGGGUGGGGUCGUAGGAGCCCUCUUCGCCGCCUUCCUGGUGAUGCUGUUGAUCUACCGGAUGAAAAAGAAAGACGAAGGGAGCUAUACAUUGGAAGAACCGAAACAGGCGAGCGUCACGUACCAAAAACCUGACAAGCAGGAGGAAUUCUAUGCAUAAAAUAAACCGCGAGUGCCUCGCCA